AUGUCAUUUUCAUUUGGAUUCCAGUUGGAGGAGGAUGGUCAAAGUGUUACUUCAAACAGCGCCAACAUCGGCAGCAAUGCUCAACUUGAUCUGCAUCCAUGGACUGAAGUCGCCUUGGACGAUUUAAUUAAGCACCUCCCACCUGCUCUCUCUUACUCCUCCAUAGACAUUCCGCACACUUCCUCCCAGGCUCUGCAACCCAUUCCACGCAGAGAUCUUUUCGACGCACGAUUUCAGUUGAUAGAGGCUGAUCAAGAGCAAAGUAUAGUCAGCGGUGACAGUGAUCUAGUUCCGGGAAGAUAUGAAGGUGGUCUCAAGACCUGGGAGUGCUCAAUUGAUCUGGUUCAGUAUCUUCACGAGUCCAACGCUGACUUUAAAAACAAAAGAAUUUUUGAAAUCGGUUGCGGGACUAGCCUUCCAUCCCUCUAUGCAUACAGACAAGUACUUCAACAACCAGGAAGCAAGAGUUGUUUAUUACACCUCCAAGAUUACAACCUGCAAACCCUUCAACUGGUCACUUUCCCAAAUAUCUUUCUGACAUGGUACGUUUGUCACUAUGAUAAAGGCAGUGAGGGCGAAGUAGAGGUCAAUGACGAAGUUAUCGGUAUGUUCAAGAAGCACCUCGUAGAUGAAGCUGUAGAGCUGCGCUUUUCAUACGGUGCUUGGACGUCCAUUGAUAAGGAUUAUGAUUACGUUCUCACCAGUGAGACAGUUUACAGAACAGAAUCCAUUCCACCUUUAGUAGAUCUCAUGAAAUCAUCAACCCACAGUCAUUCAGUCAUCCUCUUAGCUUCAAAGGGUAUUUACUUUGGUGUGGGUGGAGGUGUCAAAGAAUUUAGCGACUAUGUUCUAGCAAAAGGUCUCACAAUAGACAACGUAUGGACAAGUAAAGGUGUCGGUGUUUCACGGUGUAUUCUCAAAGUCAUACUGUAA